GAAUGAGUGGGAGCAGAGAGUUAGUUUGGGACUGGAGAGAGAGGAGACGGGCUCGGGAGGAACUGCGCUGCUUUACUCUGGGGCAAUUUUCUGUUCUUAUUGACUCCUGCUCUUCUCUCCUGCUCCCCUGACUGCCGGAUACGGGACUCUUGUACAAUACUGAGCGGGACUUGUCCUGUGGCCGCCGGACACUCGGGCCCUGCGGAUUUUACACUCAUUGUCCCCGGGUGAGAGGAAGUGCUGGACUAGUGACGUUACAUGUGUCCAAUCAUGUCUCCCCUGUGUCUGCGACUCCUCCUGGCCGACCCCUUUGUCUUUUAGUUGCCUCACUGCUCCCCUGUAAGUCUGGCUCCUGCUGGACUAUGGCUCCUCCCCCCUGACACUGGGCUCCGCCUCCUGCUGCUUCACCUCUCCUUCUAUUGGAUCAAUUUAUAGCUGCUCCUCCCCCAUGGAUCUCUGGCUCCUCCUCCUGUGUCUCCCCCUGUCUCUGGCUCUAGAAGUCACCCUAAUGAACACCAAGCUGGAGACCACAGACCUUAAAUGGACAACUUAUCCCAAAGUGGACGGACAGUGGGACGAGAUGUCUGGCCUGGAUGACGAGGGAACACCAGUUCGUACAUACGAGAUCUGCAAUGCCCAUCUUUCCAAUCAGAACAACUGGCUACGGACCAUCUACAUCCGGCGUGGCUUGGCCAGCAAUGCGUACGUGGAAAUCACAUUUACUAUGCUGGAGUGCUCCUUCCUGUCACGGGCCGGUCGCUCUUGCAAGGAAACCUUUAACCUCUACUAUUACCAAGCUAAUCAUGACUUGGCCAAUGACCAUUUCCCACCUUGGAUGGAGAACCCUUGGGUCAGAGUGGACACUGUAGCAGCUGAUUUUUUGGGCCGACCAAAUAGACGUGGAACGUCGGGUUCCACUAGGUUAAAUAUGAAGACUCUUCGCAUAGGGCCCCUGACAGGCGAUGGCUUCUAUUUGGCUUUCCAGGACCAAGGGGCAUGCAUGGCACUAUUGGCCGUCCGUGUCUUCUAUAGGGUUUGCCCAGCUGUGGUGGCAUCCUUGGCAAGCUUCCCAAAGACUGUCUCUGAGGGACUGGUGGUAUCAGCUGAAGGCAGCUGUGUUGAGGGGGCAGAGGGGCCACAGGGAAGACGGCCAACCAUGUACUGCAGAGAAGAUGGAGAAUGGGCAAAGCCGGCUGUAGGGGAGUGCGCUUGUGUGGCUGGACGAGAGGAGAAGGAUGGACGCACCAAGUGCACAGCUUGUGCCCCUGGAUACUUUAAAUCCUCCGUGGGAGAGAAGCCCUGCCAGCCUUGUCCUGCCAACAGCCUUUCUACUGGCCCUGGGGCAACUGUGUGUGCUUGCAAACCCGGGUAUUACAGAGCCUCGACAGACCCCCCAACAGCAGCCUGCAGCACUCCCCCUUCAGCUCCUCGCAGUAUUGUUGCCCGGGUGAACGGAUCAAUGGUAGACCUAGAAUGGAGCGAACCACUUGAUGCUGGUGGGAGAGGGGACCUUUACUAUGAAGUUCAGUGUAUCGAAUGUGCUGGGGGUGGGACCUGCAUUCCUUGCUCUCGCUUAAACUACAGUCCCCGGCCUCAGCGAUUGGAGGAUCGCAGGCUCCGCGUGUCUGGGCUCCGCCCCCGAAUUACCUACAACUUCCGCGUGUUGGCUUUAAAUGGCGUGUCUGAACGAAGCAGCGGGGCAGUGGGGGAGGAAGUAAAUGUGACCACUGACCGUGAUGUUCCCCUCCCAGUUAGUGGCAUACAACAAAUGGGCGCAACAGAAACGACACUCACCCUCCGCUGGGCCACCCCUCUGCACUCAGCACCCAUCAAAGGCAACAUUCUGGAUUAUGAAGUCAAAUACUACGAGAAGGACCAGGAGAAACCCCUGAUAAUGUUUCUGAAGACCCCAAGCAAUGAGGCCCAUCUGCUUGAGCUCCACGCUGGCACCGUGUAUGUGGUACAAGUCAGGGCGAGGACAGAGGCCGGGUAUGGGGCAUUCAGCGGGGACACUUUAUUCCAGACCCUGACACAAAAUCCAGAGAAACCACAGGCACAGGUGGGAUUAAUAGCUGGCACUGCUGGGGUGGGCACAUUACUGGUGUUAGCAGUCGUCAUCACUGCGGUGGUGUGUAUCAGAAAGCACGGGAGCACCAAUGAGCCGGAGUAUUGUGACAAACCUGGCCAGUACCUCAUUGGUCACAACUCCAAGGUGUACAUUGACCCUUUCACAUAUGAGGAUCCCAAUGAAGCAGUGAGAGAGUUUGCUAAGGAGAUCGAUGUGUCCUGUGUAAAGAUCGAGGAGGUGAUUGGAGCAGGGGAAUUUGGGGAGGUGUGCCGGGGGCGCCUGAAGGUUCCAGGAAAGAAAGAGAAUUACGUGGCCAUCAAGACACUGAAAAGCGGCUACACCGAGCGCCAACGCAGGGAAUUCCUUAGUGAGGCCAGCAUCAUGGGCCAGUUCAACCACCCCAAUAUUAUUCACCUAGAGGGGGUCAUCACCAACAACUGCCCCGUCAUGAUCAUCACUGAGUAUAUGGAGAACGGGGCCCUGGACUCAUUCCUGCGACAAAACGACGGGCAGUUCACGCCUAUCCAGCUGGUAGGGAUGCUCCGAGGAAUUGCCUCCGGCAUGCGCUACCUGGCCGAGAUGAGUUUUGUGCACCGGGAUCUGGCCGCCAGGAAUAUACUAGUGAACAGUAACCUGGUGUGUAAAGUGUCCGACUUUGGCCUCUCCCGGUUCCUGCAGGAGGGAUCUACUGACCCAACAUACACCUCUUGUCUGGGAGGGAAGAUCCCGAUCCGAUGGACUGCCCCAGAAGCCAUAGCUUUCCGCAAGUUUACAUCAGCCAGCGAUGUCUGGGGCUACGGAAUAGUCAUGUGGGAAGUUAUGUCCUUCGGAGAGCGACCCUACUGGGAUAUGUCCAAUCAGGAUGUGAUUAAUGCCAUAGAGCAAGACUACCGACUCCCUGCACCCCCAGAUUGUCCCACCGCCCUCCACCAACUCAUGCUGGACUGUUGGCAGCGGGACCGGGCAUUGCGGCCGCGAUUCGCUGACAUUGUGAGCUCUUUGGACAAGCUGAUCCGCAACCCUGCAAGUCUAAAGAUCACAACACGAGAGCAGCUGGGGACGUCUCAGCCCCUGCUGGAUCAGCGCACCCCCCAUUAUUCCUCCUUCUCAUCGGUCAGUGAGUGGCUCCAUGCCAUUAAGAUGGGGCGCUACGAGGACGGGUUCAGGAACGCCGGAUUCACCACAUUCAGCCGAGUGCAGAACAUCAGCACUGAAGAUCUCCUCAGGAUGGGGGUCACACUCGCCGGUCACCAGAAGAAAAUCCUCUCCAGCCUCCAGCAGAUCCUCCCCAGUGAGAAAAGCACCCCAAUCCCAGCCCACUGCUACUGACUCCGUCCUCUGCUCCACCAUCUUGAACUGGACGUGAUGUCACUUAAAGGCAGGAGCUGAUUGGCUGGUGCAUUUUAUAUAAUCCCCCCCUUCCAUGUGACUAGUGGGGCUUAUUCACUAAGCAGCAUCAGAGCCAGGAGAGAGUCUGGGAGAAAACAGAAUGAGUUUCGGGGGAUCCAGUGGAUUGUGGGGGGACAUCACAGUGGGGGGGUCACGGCGUGAGGAGAAUGUACCCCAUGGGCGGAGCUUCUGAGACGUCCAAUCAGGGAAUCUGAAUGAAAUGUUGCUGUUUGUAUCGUCCAAUCAAGAGAUAUAAUGACUGGAAUGAUCCCCAAGCGCAGGACAGCGCCUCAUGUACAGACUGUAUAUAUUAUAUAUACUCACAUGACUCCUCCCAUUUCAUUUUAUAUUAAAUUAUUUGAUAAUAAAAAAAUCAUUUGUA